CAGGAUUUCCGUCCGGCCUAGACUGACGCACGAAACGCAUCGGCAGGUUGAGAGAGAGACAAGGUCGCGUCGCUCGGAAGAGACCGGAAGGAGGGAGGCAGGCGUUGCCGCUUCGGUAGCGCACGGCGGCCAGAACCCGACGCAUGCGCACUGCGCGCCGAGAGAUCAGCAAGUCAGCGCCGCGCCGUGCCGCCCCGCGCAGCCCAGCGCAUUGUAGUGUUCCGGUCAUUCGCUGUGGACAGGAGUAGCGGACAUCACCAAGCGUGUGGAGCAGCCUGCGCCUGCUGAUUAGGAUCCUACGUGCCUACGGCAGGAAAAUGGCCGAUAUACCCAGGCUGAAGUCGGCUCGAUUUGCAGAAUACAUAAAUGGACUCGACAUUCCGGACGGCGAGAUACAACAGAUUGUGUUUCUUCGAAAUAUAUGCAACAUGAUAAUUGAUAGGACCCCAUUAACUGAGCAGCAUUUCAAAAUCCUUGAAGACUAUGGAAUAUUAAAUGGUCCAGAAAUCGAGCGCAUGAGAAGUCAGAAGUUUGAUGGCAUUGUGCACACUCUGUUGACGAAAGACCCCCUACGUUCAGCUCUGGACAAUUGUCCUGAAGAUUAAGUGAGUCUUCUUCUUAUAGUUAUUAUUACUAUAGUACGAAUACAAUUAGAAUGCAAUUGACAUUUGAGAGUGGAGGGGGCGGCGUUGCCGUAUACUACGCGCUCUACCACGGGCACUCAACAGUAUCUAGGGAAACAAAAGAAAGGAAUGUUGAGAAACUCGUAACACGUGUUAAAUUUGUUCGUAAAAUUUGUAACAUGUAUCCCCUGAUUUUAGAUUACAACAAUGUGCAGAUGCCGAAGCUUCUGACUAGCUGUUCCCUGGGUUAUGGCGCUGGUGUUAUCACGUAACCACGAAAUGUGAACUAUAUUAUAAUUUUAUUCGAAUUUUACAGUAUCAUUAUAUUUUAUAUGAUUUAUUAUUAUCUGUAUCAAAUCCAUAAUUUCAGGAGGUUUGAAUUAACUCUAAAGAACAUUUAAGAAAAUAUUUCAAAUAAUAUUCAGAAAAUUGUUAUCUAAAAAAAUAUACAAUUUAAUUUUGGCAGCUUGCCUGAGAAAUAAAACGACAUUAACGAUCCAGUGGAUUAUAAAUAUUUAUUUAUUGUACUUUCUCCGAAUCAAAUAAAUAUUGAUCCAUAAA